AUGGUGAUCCGGCCGUACGGGUACGCGAUAUGGGAGGGGAUUCAAAAGUAUAUGGAUGCGAAGUUUAAGGCGACGGGGGUGCAGAACGCGUACUUUCCGCAGUUGAUACCGUAUUCGUUCAUAACGAAGGAGGCGUCGCACGUGGAGGGUUUCGCGCCGGAGUUGGCGUUGGUGACGCGAGGGGGAGGGAAGGAGUUGGAGGAGCCGCUGGUGGUGCGACCGACGAGUGAGACGAUUGUGAAUAAUAUGCUAUCGCAGUGGAUUCAGAGUUAUCGGGAUUUGCCGAUGCUGUUGAAUCAGUGGUGCAACGUGCACCGGUGGGAGAUGCGCACGCGGCCGUUCAUUCGCACGUUGGAGUUUCUUUGGCAAGAGGGUCACACCGCGCACGCGACGGCGGAGGAAGCGGAGGAGAGAGCUAUGCAGAUGAUUCGUGUUUACGCCGAAUUCGCCCAGACGCAGGCGGCGAUGCCGGUGAUUCCUGGGAGAAAGUCGCGCGUCGAAUCCUUCGCCGGGGCCAACGUGACGUACACCAUCGAGGCGAUGAUGGGAGAUAAAAAGGCGCUUCAAGCGGGAACAUCGCACAAUUUGGGCGAUAACUUCGCCAAGGCGUUCGACACUACGUUUUUAGACGACAAGGGCGAGACGCAGUACGUGCAUCAGAGCUCUUGGGGGGUCUCUACGCGCUUGAUUGGCGGUAUUCUCAUGACGCACGGCGACGAUUCCGGGUUAAUUUUGCCCCCGCGUUUGGCGCCGAUUCAAGUCGUCGUGGUGCCAAUUUGGAAGAAGGACGAAGAGAAGGAAGCGGUCAUGGCAUCUGUCGAUAGCAUCAUUUCUUCUCUCUCCAACGCGGGCGUUCGAACCCAUCUUGACGCGGAUCAAAGUAAGUCGCCGGGGUGGAAAUUCAACCAGUACGAAAUGAAGGGCGUGCCGAUUCGCAUUGAAGUCGGUCCGAAGGAUGUCGCGAAGGGUGCGUGCGUCGUCGCUCGUCGCGAUGUUCCGGGCAAGGAGGGUAAGGAGUUCGGCGUGAGUAUCGAGCCAGCCGCGCUCGAGACCAAGGUCAACGACGUGCUGAAUGACAUUCAAAACUCGAUGUUGCAAAAGGCGACCGAGUUUCGCGACGCCAACAUCGUCGACGUUAAAACUAUGGACGAAUUAAAGGCGACGAUUGAGGCGGGGAAGUGGGCGCGAUGCGGCUGGGAAGGUACCGACGAAGAAGAAAAAGCCAUCAAGGAGGAGACCGGGGCAACGAUUCGGUGCUUCCCGUUCGAUCAACCCGCGGGCGAGCACACGUGCUUGAUGUCGGGUAAGCCGGCGAAGGAGGUGUGUAUCUUUGCAAAAUCGUACUAA